CUGGAAGACUGCAGUCAAACACUGGAGCUGAAUGUCAACAUUAAAGAUGAAGAAGAGGAGGAGAAGAUUGGGAGGUCUGUUUCUCAUGGUGGGCCAGUUGAGAACAAGUUCUCAUUUACAACUUCGACCUGGCCAAGAUAAAGCAAAGCAGUGCGACAAAAACAACAACAGAGUUACACAUGGGAUAAACAAAUGUAAAGUCAAUAACACAAUAGAAAAAUCUAUAUGCAUUGUGUGCAAAUGUAGUAAGAUUAGGGAGGUAAGGCAAUAAAUAGGCCAUAGUGGUGAAAUAAUUACCAUUUAGCUUUAACACUGGAGUGGUAGAUGUGCAAGUAGAGAUACUGGGGUGCAAAAGAGCAAAAAUAAAUAACAAUAUGGGGAUGAGGUAGUUUGGUGGGCUAUUUACAGAUGGGCUAUGUACAGAUGGGCUGUGUACAGGUGCAGUGAUCGGUAAGCUGCUCUGACAGCUGAUGCUUAAAGUUAGUGAGGAGAUAUGUCUCCCGGUACAUUGAUUUUUGCAAUUCGGUCCAGUCAUUGGCAGCAGAGAACUGGAAGGACAGGUGGCCAAAGGAGGAGUUGGCUUUGGGGAUGACCAGGGAAAUUUCCCAUUUGGAGCGUGUGCUACAGGUAUGAGGCCAGUAACAUCAACAGUGAGGACAAACCCAGCCUGCCUCUCUCCUUCCACACUGAGUCCAAACCUACAGUCACUGGGUCCUGAUUGUGACAGUGGAGCCCAGUUUGUACUGCAAGAUCCAGAGAUGGCAUCAGUGAAGCUGGAAGACUGCAGUCAAACACUGGAGCUGAAUGUCAACAUUAAAGAUGAAGAAGAGGAGGAGAAGAUUGGGAAAUCUGUUUCUCAUGGACGACUAGAAUUAAGUCUGAGGCCGGUAACAUCAAUAGUGAGGACAAACCCAGCCUGCCUCUCUCCUUCCACACUGAGUCCAAACCUACAGUCACUGGGUCCUGAUAAUGACAGUGGAGACCAGUUUGCACUGCAGGAUCCAGAGAUGGCAUCAGUGAAGCUGGAAGACUGCAGUCGAGCACUGGAGCUGAAUGUCAUCAUUAAAGAUGAAGAAGAAGAGGAGGAGAAGAUUGGGAAAUCUGUUUCUCAUGGAGAUCAUGUUGAGACAUUCUCUACAUCCAGAGAGCAACAGCAGGAAGAUCACAGAGUGAAAAGGUCUCACCACUGCCCACAUUGUGAGAAGAUUUUCCCAUUUCUAUCAAAGCUAAAAAUACACCUAAAAAUACACACUGGAGAGAAUCAGUAUUCCUAUACUGACGGUGGGAAGAAUUUUACAACAUCCAAGGCUCAUCAGAGAGUGCACACAAGAGAGAAGACUUACUCCUGCUCUGACUGUGUAAAAUGCUUCACAACAUCAACUUGGCUAAAAGUUCAUCAGAGAACACACACAGGAGAGAAGCCCUACUCCUGCUCUGAUUGUAUAAAAUGCUUCACAACAUCAGCUAAGCUAAAAGUUCAUAAGAGAACACACACAGGAGAGAAGCCUUACUUCUGCUCUGCCUGUUCGGCGAGUUUCUCUCAUAUGUGCAACUUAAAACGACACGAACUUAUACACAAAGAGAAGAUUCACUCCUGCUCUAACUGUGCGGCGAGUUUCUCUCUACUGUGCAAAUUAAAACGGCAUGAAUGUAUACACACAGGAGAGAAGCCUUACUCCUGCUCUGAAUGUGGAAAGAGUUUCUCUCGACUGGGCCACUUAAAAACACAUGAACAAAAACAUACAGGAGAGAAGCCUUACUCCUGCUCUGACUGUGGAAAGAGUUUCUCUCUACUGGCCCACUUAAAAAUUCACCAAUACAUACAUACGGGAGAGAAGCCUUACUCCUGCUCUGACUGUGGAAAGAGUUUCUCUCGACCGGGCCACUUAAAAACACACGAACAAAAACAUACAGGAGAGAAGCCUUUCUCCUGUUCUGACUGUGUAAAAUGCUUCACAACAUCAACUGAGCUAAAGGUUCAUCAAAGAACACACACAGGAGAGAAGCCGUACUCCUGCUCUGACUGUGUAAAAUGCUUCCCAACAUCAACUAGGUUAAAAUUUCAUCAGAGAACACACACAGGAGAGAAGCCUUUCAUCUGCUCUGACUGUGCAGCGAGUUUCUCUUUACUGUGCAACUUAAAGCGACAUGAAAGUAUACACACAGGGGAGAAGCCUUACUCCUGCUCUGACUGUGCAGCAAGUUUCUCUUUACUGUGCAAUUUAAAGCGACAUGAACGUAUACACACAGGAGAGAAGCCUUAUCACUGCACUGACUGUGAGAAGAGAUUCUACAGAUUGGGCCAUUUAAAAAGACACCAAUGUGUACAUAAAGGAGAGAAGCCUCAUCAGUUCUCUCAAUCCAGCUGAGAUUGGACUUCAUUCUCAUGUCAUUAAAUAAUUGGCAAGGAUGAAUUGGAUCAAAUGAAGAAAGCGUAGAACACUCUUUUGUAAUCCUAUAGUUUCUCACUGUGAGAGAACUGUGCAGAAGAAAGGGAGAGUAAUAGAAUUUUAGCCUCUCUUUACUUUACUGAUCAGUGUGCACCUUGUCAGUUUUGUUAGUUUCUACUGUAAAGAUAUUGAGAUGAAUUUACGGUUGAAUAUCCUCUGUGAGACGUCUCACACUGGAGUCUGAUGGUUGACUGGGUGGUACUGCUUCCCUCUGCAGUUUUCUGUGGGAAUGAGCUAGUAAACACAACAUACUCUGAGUGUACCAAACAUUAACGACACCUGCUCUUUUCAUGACAUAAACUGACCAGGGGAAUGAUGAUCGCUAUGAUCGUUAAUAAUGUAAUUUUUGUGUAUUUCUUAUGGAUCCCCAUUAGCUUUCAACAGAAAACAAGAAACUGCAGUUGCAAUGGGCUAAGGAAUGAAAACACUUAACACUGAAAAAUUGGAAACCUACUGCCUGGUCUGAUGAAUCCCUGUUCCUGCUGUUUCAUGCUGAUGGGAGGACUGGGGGAGGAAACCACGAGUACAUACAUCCAGUGGUGGAAAAAAUACCUUAAUAGAAAAUUACUCAAUUAAAAGUGAAAGUCACCCAGUAAAAUACUACUGGAGUAAAAGUCUAGAAGUAUUUGAUUGUACAUAUACUUAAGCAUCAAAAGUAAAAGUAUUAAUUAUUUCAAAUUCCUGAAAUUAAGCAAACCAGAUGGCACAUUUGUAUAGUUUUUUUAAUAUUACGGAUAGCCAGGGGCUCACUCCAACACUCAGACAUCAUUUACUAACAAAGCAUUUGUGUUUAGGGAGUCUUCCAGAUCAGAGGUAGUGGGGAGGACCAGGGAUGUUAUCUUGAUAAGUGUGUGAAUUGAACCAUUUUCUGUCCUGCUAAUCAUAAAAAAUGUAACAAGUACUUUUGGGUGUCAGGGAAAAUGUGUGUAGUAAAAAGUACAUUUUCUUUAGGAAUGUAGUGAAAUAAAAGUUGCCAACAAUAUAAAUAGUAAAAUACAGGUGCCACCAAAAACUACUAAAGUAGUCCUUUAAAUAAUUUAUUCUUAAGUACUUUACACCACUGCAUGCAUCCAUGCCGUGUGUCAGCAUUGCAGGCUGGUGGUGUGAUGGUUGGGUUGUGUUUUCAGGGCACACAUUGGGCCCCUUGAUAAAAGAUGUGGAAUGUUUGAAUGCCACAGGAUCUCUAAGGAAUCCUUACCAAUCAGGUGCCUCCCUUCAUGGCAGCAGUGUAUCCAUCUGCAAAUAGAUUUCUUCAGCGGGAUUACGCCACGAGGCUUGUCCAGGAUUGGUUCCAAGAACAUGACAGUGAAUUCAGUUUACUGCAGUGGCCUGACGAGUCACCACAUCUCAAUCCAAUUGUUCAUCUCUGGGAGGAGAUGGAAAUAGCUGAUGAUGAUCAGUUUUCAGCAUUUAGUUUUGGUGGAUGAUUUUAUAUUACUAUAUAACUUUUUGUUUAAUGAUAAACAGGCUAUGAAUCGACUACUUGUAUUUAUUAAAUUGUCUUUUAAUACUAGAUUCAUUAUUUUAGUCAUUGAUGAUGAAUGUAUUUGAGUAACUGUAUUGAAGUUAAUUGAUCUGGUGGCAGGUAGCCUAGCGGUUAAGAGUGUGGUGAGAGAAUUUUGUUCUCAAUGUUCAUAAACUGAACUUCAAUUCAAAUACUCUGUCUGUUACCAAGGAUUUGUAAGGUUCUUAUUGAAACGAAACGGACAGAGGCCAGUCUACAAUAGUCAGCAAAGUUUAUUUACAAGAGCUCUGCCCAUCAUUUUAUGUACAUUGGUUUAUAUACCUCUCAUUUCGUCAUAAAUGUCCCUCCUCCUCUCAGACAAUGACAAUGCUGUUUUACAAGUCUUCUCCUAUGCAUACGAGGCUUAUCAUAUGCUACAACAUGUUACACAGUCUCCUGCAAGCCCAACGGUUUCUCCCCUCUCUGGCUGGGGACCAGACAUCUUUCCUGUUGUUAGUUUCACAGUGGUCACAAGUUGUCUGUUAACACUUCCUCUUUGCCUAUGUACAAACAUUCUUCAUCAGACAGGGUAGAAUUCGGUUCGUUACAGUCCUAUCAUUACUUUUAAAUGUAAACAUCAUUUAGUCAUUAUACGUAAAAUUCCUAACAGCCAGUAACUGAAAGGUUGCUGGUUUGAAUCCCGAGCCGACUAGGUGAAAAAUGUCAUUGUGCCCUUAAGGAAGGCAAUUAACUCUUAUUUGUCCUGUAAGUCGCUCUUAUCCAGAGAUCUGCUAAAUGACACAAAUGUAAUGAAAAAUGUUUGUACGUGAAUUUCUGCUGGGCAACCUCCUCUCUUGUGUAUAAUUAAAUGAAAUAAACUGUUUGAUGUGAAAUACUGUAUAUACACAACAUUACCACUUUGUUGACCGUGUCCCUCUGGCCAGGGUCAUAGUAAGCUAGACUUUGCAGCUGCUGUUGUUAGUAGCCUACAGUUUCCAUGCAAUACAGCAUGUCUGAUCACUAAUGAUUAGAUGUACAGGCUGCUACAUUUUUGUAAGAGUUUUUGCUUGUGUCCCUUAACUUUUCCUUGUGGUAAAAUUGAUGUGGGUAAAACAAAGUGGGAAUUUAAAGUGGGAAUCUCGGAGCGUCGUAGCACCAUUAGGUGCAGGAAAUCCACUUACCCAGAGUUGCGGCCCACUUUUUGGAAGCAAACCACUCGAUUUCGUCCCUACGUUAUAUCGGCAUUGAGCAUGUCACCCCACCCUCCAUAUGAGAGGAGGUGACCUCGACAAUUUAUUAAAACGAGAGGCUACCUGGAUCUUUCAUUUAAAGACCCUUGCUCUCUUCGGUCUCAGCGUAUACUUUGAUCUGAAGCCAUUCUUGUGAUUGUUGUGAUGUUGCUAUUCAUUGUAAAUGUUUGUUGGCCUAUGUAGGAAAAUUGUAUCUAUGAUCGUAUGCUCUCAUUCAUGUUUUUGAUAUGUUAUUUUUAUCUGAGAAUUACCCAAUGAUAUCAGGGCACACCCGGCCAUGAUUACAGACACCUGUGUGUCCUUUAACACUAUAUAAACUAGUGACCCACAGUGUUUCUCAUUAUACCCUGAUGAAGACCACUUGUCUGUCGAAACGUUGGAUAUUAGGUUAUUAAAUUAUUGCGUCUGAGCUUCUAAA